UGCUAUGAGUAAUGCUCCAAGAUUAGCCUUCCUAUCUUCCACCACUACUUUCCAAGUUGGGAUAAGAGUUAAAGCUUGAUGUAAUAAUACCGAUUGUACCUUAAAAUUUGGCCAUGCAGCAGGACUAGUGAUUGCUCCUACUAAUUCUUUUGGCUCCAACCCAAAAAUUACCUUUAAAACUCCAAGGCUCUUCAUGCUUUCUAUUGCCCAAAGAAGAGAUCGAGAAUCUGAUUGUCCUUUUGAUGAGAUAUUUCCAAAGGAAAUUCUGCUAUGAAGAAGAACUAAACCUUCGGAGUUCCUCAAGACCCACGCAGCACCACUGCAUUCUUUUUCUCUAUCCCAAGAAGCCCCAACAUUACAUUUGAGCCAUGAUUUUUCAGGAGGCCUCCAGUACUUAUGUUCAGAGGCUCUCUGUUUACUCACACGGCUUUCGUCAAGUGAGUCAGCUUCUUGUGCCCUACAAAUUAACCCUACAAAUUCACUUUAUUAAUAAGACCUGAAAAAAAAAUUGAAACAAGUCGAUGAAAUGAAACGUCUUAUUAAUACUUCGGCCGCCGAAGUAAAUCUGAAACCACCACCGGCAGAUUCCGCCGCCAUAGCUAAACUAAUCCUCUCAUCUCCCACCACAACUCACCAAACGCUAGACGACGAUCAGUCUCCACUCUCCGUCAAAACAACACCUUGGACUCCACAUCUCGUGAACUCUAUCCUCAAACGCCUCUGGAACCACGGCCCUAAAGCACUCCAAUUCUUCCACUUCCUCGACACUCACCACCGCAAUUAUAUCCACGAUGCUUCCUCCUUCGACCUCGCGAUCGACAUCGCCGCCCGUCUUCACCUCCACACCACCGUCUGGUCACUCAUUCACCGUAUGCGCUCUCUCCGCAUCGGUCCUUCCCCCAAAACCUUCGCAAUCGUCGCCGAGAGGUACGCUUCCGCCGGGAAACCAGAUAAAGCGGUAAAGCUGUUUCUGAAUAUGCACGAGCAUGGUUGUUUCCAGGAUUUGGCUUCUUUCAAUACGAUUCUCGAUGUGUUGUGUAAAUCCAAACGCGUUGAGAAAGCUUAUGAGUUGUUUAGGGCUCUUAGGGGAAGGUUUAGUGCUGAUACGGUUACUUACAAUGUGAUUGUUAAUGGUUGGUGUUUGAUUAAACGUACUCCUAAGGCUUUAGAGGUUUUGAAAGAGAUGGUUGAGAGAGGGAUAAACCCUAAUUUGACUACUUAUAACACAAUGCUCAAAGGGUUUUUUCGAUCUGGUCAGAUUAGGCAAGCUUGGGAAUUCUUCUUGGAGAUGAAGAAACGGGAUUGUGAAAUCGAUGUUGUUACUUAUACUACUGUGGUUCACGGGUUUGGUGUCGCUGGGGAGAUUAACCGGGCGAGGAAUGUUUUCGAUGAGAUGAUUAGAGAAGGCGUGCUUCCUUCUGUCGCGACUUACAAUGCUAUGAUUCAAGUUUUGUGUAAGAAAGAUAGCGUUGAGAAUGCGGUUGUCAUGUUUGAGGAUAUGGUGAGGAAAGGUUAUGAACCGAAUGUGACUACGUAUAAUGUGUUGAUAAGAGGGUUGUUUCACGCUGGAAAGUUCAGUCGUGGAGAGGAGUUGAUGCAGAGAAUGGUAGAUGAAGGCUGCGUACCAAACUUCCAGACAUACAAUAUGAUGAUACGCUAUUAUUCAGAAUGCAGCGAGAUUGAGAAAGCGUUGGCUUUGUUUGAGAAGAUGGGGAGUGGGGGUUGCUUGCCAAAUCUGGAUACUUAUAACAUACUUAUUAGUGGAAUGUUUGUGAGGAAAAGAUCGGAAGAUAUGGUGGUCGCUGGUAAACUAUUGCUUGAGAUGGUUGAGAGAGGGUUUAUACCCCGGAAAUUCACUUUUAAUCGAGUUCUGAACGGGCUUCUUCUGACUGGGAAUCAGGCUUUCGCAAAGGAGAUUUUGAGAUUGCAGAGCAAAUCUGGUAGCCGGCUACUCCGGAAGUUCAGGUUAUGAAUCUCCUUAUCUGCGUGUCAGAGGGGAAAGAUUUGUGCUGUUUACAUUAAUCAGUACUAUACACUGCAUUACACUUGAUGGAAAUUGGACUAGGAAAGGCAUUUGGUACCAGUGUUCAAAUAUCUUCAUGGGAUAGAGCAAGAACAGUGUAGUUACUAUGCCAAACUACACAAAUGCUUUAUUAUCAUGGGCAAAAAAACUCUGUGUGCAAAGUUGAUACAAAGUUGUGACUGAGUAUAAUGGAAUUUGAUACAAAGUGUUCUUGGUGUAAAUAAAUGAUGAUACAUGUGAAAUAAUUCCCAAAUUUUUGCUU